CAAGCCAUGACCGCAGCGCCCCGGGGGCCAGAUCUCAGUUUUCUGAACGAGGAGGAAGCCAGGGCGAUUUUCCAGGUGCUGCAGAGGGACGCGGAGCUCCGGCGGGCAGAGAAGGACAGAGUCAGCAAACUUCUGAAGAGAAAGAAGUCUGAAAAAGGGCUGCAGGGAGUGACUGGAGAAUGGUUUGAAGAAAUAAAAAGAAAAAAAUUUCAGAAUUACAUUGAUGCCAGUAGAAUGUUAAAACCACCAUUAGAGCAUCAGCUACAGAGGAGCAAAAACACCAAUAAUAAAGAAAUAAAAAUGUCAUCCCGCACAAAUCCUCAAGCACAAAAGAACACUUCAGCUUCAUUUCUGGGGUUCAGAUCACCUUUUGCUUGGCUUUCCUCCUUUAGAAAAUCAAGGAAAACGCAGACUCAGAAGCAACCACGAUAUGACAGUUCUGCUAGUCCAUCCUCAAAAGUGGAAGAAAUGGCCACGGCUGAAAUGUGUAAUUCCCCAAUGUCAACUGAAACAAGUGGUCAUUCUUUUGAUACAAACCAAAAUGAAACAAUGGAGAAAAGUACACUGGAAUGGAAUGAACAGCUAGAGAAGGAGAUUUUCAGUGUUCUAAGUGAUCUGGAUGACCAGCUGGCCCAGGAACAAACCCAAGACCCUUUGGACAGGACAGCUUCUACUAGCAGUGCAUCAAAUGUCCAAAGUAGUAGUGCAUUCCCUACUUCAAAGAGACUGACUGCUAGUAGGGGACAACAGAGAAAUGACUGGAGUGAUGUGCCCAGCACAUUUUUCCCAGAUGGACUGAGAACACUAAGGGCCAAAGAUGAACACAAGAUUUUCAUCAGACCAAGGAAGUUACACAGUGCAUAUAUAAACUGGCACCAAGCAGCCUUUCAAGAAGAUUGCAAUUACGGCGAUGCAGUCGAUGGAAAUCCUCGUCUGCACCGUAGGAGGCUCUCUGCAGUUUCUUUCGGACGGUCUUCGGAAGGGAGCUUAUAUCCCCCUUCCGUAACACAGAACAGUGGAUUUAGGCACAAGGGUUGUAUGAACAGGGAUACAGCUGGCAGAAGUUACUCUGUGUGUUCCCUUCGAAGAUGUCCAUCAUCAGUAUCUUCUGAUCAGCUAUCAGCAUCAAGUUUGCAGCAUCCAUUGGCAAGGGAGAGCAAGAAUGGGUUUGUACCAAGGUUUGGCCGACAGAACCCAAAGAGAAUUCCUCUGUCUUCCAUUGUAUGGAACAACACACCAGACUCCUCAGAACAAACUCCAGAAACAAUGUUUAGAACUCAAUCACUGAUGGAGUUUCAUGCUACAGACCAUGGUAGAUAUCCUAGCUCUUUACAAGAAACUAAGAAAUACCCAAGUUACCACUCAAAACACCACUACAGAUCUAUUUCAAGCAGUAAUUGCUUUAGUAGAGUUAGUUGUCCUGACAAAGCUACUUCUGCAUUGUCCUUUGAUAACUGGGAAAACUAUCCUUUAUACAAAUCAGAAAAUAAUCUUUCUAGAUCCUACUACAGAGAUACCUCUCCUCAUGGCAAGUUGUAUGCAAACAAAAAAAAUUCUUAUGGAAGAAAAGACAGCUUUCCUUCUUGGGCUGAUAUUCCUCAGUGUUACAGUGAUGAAGUGUUUCUUUCCCCUGAUGCCAGCUUUGAAGCUUUUAUGGCUAAUUUAAAUGACCACCAGUGGGCACAUAUAAAGAAUGCCAAGUUUGGUGCACAGCGCCUGCAGAACGAUUUUCACAUGUACUCUCCAGAAAAUACAAGUAUCAAAAGGAUGUCAAGAAGUGCCAACAGACAUUUUUCAGAAUUCACUGAGAGCUCUCAGCCUUGGCUAAGUUAUAACUCCUCUGUUUCUUCAUCUGGUAUCAGAACUGAUGAGUCAGUCUUUCCCAAUUCAAAGGACCAACCAAAACCUACAGGACUGAACAGGAAUUCAGUUGUUGUUACCCAAAGGAGUACUAAGGCAGACUUUACACACCUGGAAAAGGCUGGAGGUGUGAAACAGCCAGAUGAAGACAUGCUGUUACCGUCAGUUCCUCAACAAGCAGAUACAAGCUACAUCAAUGCACGGAGUUUUUCCUCUAACAGCCUUGCUUCUGCCAUGUGGCAAAGAGAUGUAUCUCUCUUUAACACAAAGACAUCAAAGAGACAAACCCAAGCCACUGCCAGAGGAGAUACUACAAAAAUUUGUACAUCAAAUGGUGACAAAAGAAAUGUAGAAAUGAAGGAAAAUGAUUGCCCACCCAACACUGUGUUCGGUCAUCCUCCCUGUGUUUUGCCAGCUGAUGGGAGCAGGAAGGAACUUUUUCUUCCAAGUCAGAAAGAAUGGGAACAUAAUCUGCAUUAUGCAGCACAAAGAGAGAGCAUCAAACAGGAUAACAGGAGUGCAGAAGCCCUUAACAAAGCUACUUCAAAGAAACAGUCCUCACUACUGAAUGUUACUUCUGCUCUAUCCACUGAAAAAUUAUCAAACUGUCAAGGCAUGUUGUCCUGUCCUCCUGAGCGCUCAUCUAGUUUCUCACAAAACUCUCCACAAGCGCUUUCUCAUAAAGACAAUUCUACAUGCUUAGGAACACAAACUAGCUCUUUGGUAAAUUGUGCUGUUACUAAAUCUCAAGCAGAAGUGGGGAAAACAGCUGAAGUGAGUAGAACAGGUGUUAGCAAAGAGAUUUCACAGAAAACACUGCAAAAUGCAAGCACUUUAGGUACUAAGGACUGUAAUGAACAAUUCACUACUAGUUCUCCACAAAACACAAAUUCUGGAAAUAUUUAUAUGCAUAGUUUUGAUGGAGACCCCAAUACCUCUGAAAAUAGUUUAAGUUAUUUUUGCCUUGAAAAAGGAGCUGAAAAAAUGAGGAGUACUUCACCUUGUAUCAGAAGGUUUCACAAGCAAGACAGCUCACCAAGACAUACCAGUAGCUGCAGCAUUACUGGCUCCCCUGGCAGAAACAGCUCCAAAUCUUCUGACCCCCUUGUUAUUUAUUACACUUUGCCUAGAAAAUCAGCUAGCAUUGCUGGUAGUAUUAUGUCAGAGACACCCAUCUCUUUACCUAGAGAAAGCAGAACAUCAUACAAUUGUUUAAGGUCUGAAACUCUGCACAGAGCUGACACCUCUUAUUCUAAUCAAAGAGAUGUGUCUUGUUUAGACCCAAAAUGUUCCUUUUUAACAUCAGCAUCUUUAAAUGCUGCCACAGGUGACAAAGAUUACCACAGUCCUUUAACCAAAAAUAUUAAUGAUUCAAUAAGUAAUAGUACAUCAGUUGAUCUGACAGACAGAUGUGAACAUCUACGUAGAAGAGAAUCCUCUAUGUUUUCAGAUCAUAAGGAGGGGGGAAAUUUUUUGCAGAAAUAUAAAACCACAAGCACAUUUACAGUUUGUGUUGAUGAAGAUCAUGUCAAGUAUCAUGAACUAGUUUCAAUUUAUUACACUCUACCACGGAGGCAUUCAAAAACAUUUUGUAGCCUCUUUAGAGAUAAUUUAGAGGAUGCAGAUUUACCUUGUCCCAAAGAAAAUGCUCAGUCACCAAGAAUACAAAACAAGAAAAAUGAAGGUCAUGUGAGUUUAGCAAAUGAUUUUUUCCCCACUACUUCAGAAAAAGAGGUGCCUUCAUACUCUUCUGACCAAGUGUCUUCUGUUCUGGUGACACCUCAGAAUUUAAGAACUGCUGCUGAUAGUGAAGAAGAGAAUUCUCAAUUAUCCCCUAGCUCUGAGAAGUCAGUGAGUGCGGUACCUAACAAGAAAGAUAAUUCAGCAUAUCUUUCAUUAGCAGAAAAUGUACUUUCUGAUGUGGUGACAAAAGAAAGUGGUGGCCCACAAUCCACUGCAAUAGUGGAUAAGUUAGGUAAGGCUGUUUCUGAUGCUUCAAGCAGACAAAAGGCAGAAAUAAAUGUAAAAGAAAAGAAGGAAAUUUUACAAAGAGCCACACCGCAAAUAUCUGCUUUAUCAUCCCCUCCUAAGCCAGGCAGACAUUUAGAGAAUCCUUUAUAUUCUAAUUCAACGAAUAGAAAUAUUGUACAGAAGGGAAGCUCUGAAAGUUGCUCUCAGCCCCCAAAAGUGAACAAGAAAAAUCUGAACUGUUUAUUCCUCCGCUCCAGAGAGAAGAGUUCCCUUGGAAGGAGUGGUAACACAGAGCAUGCUAAUGUGCCGCUUUCUCCCAUAGAAGAUGUGUACAGGGAUAGUACCCAAGUUAAACAGAGAGUAGAUGUCCCACACCGAACCACCCCUCUGUGUAAUAAUAAAUUUAGUGGACUGCAAUUAAGGGCUGACAGUUCAAGAAAAAAAGAGAAUGGUUUAAACUUCUGUAGCAAAGUGCUUCCAGAGGCUCCAAGCAAAACAUCUGAGGUAAGCACAGCUUCCAGUGCUGAUCCACUACUUCAGCUAGACAAAGUGGCUAGCACAGAUACAAAUGAAGUAAAUAAUUUGAAAAUUAAAAAAGAGCAAAACUCACAGAGUUCUCAUAUGGGUAAAAUUUACAGUUGUUUUCAGGAAUCAGCGAGGCAUAGUGAGGGCAACCUGAACAUUAAAGAUAAAGUCCCCAGGAUUAUACAAGAUGAGAACAUAACACAGAGUGCAGAAGAGGAGAACAAGCUUUUCUCCGACUGCACAAGGGACAAAGUCAAAGAUAUAGAAAAAAGGAAAAAUAGACCUUCAAUUAAAAAUAAAUUGGCAGCUGUUUACAAAACAAGUCGUAAAUUUUCAAGUAAAAAUUUACCCCCCAAACCACACAUAAGUAACAUUUUUUCACAGAAUGAUGGAAGUGCUACUUCUGUAGAGGUCAACAUGUCCCUUGACUCAUUAAUUUCAAUGGAUUCCCACCAGCCAUUCCUGGAGUUGGACAAUGAAAAUCAGAAUCACAAUCUGAACUCUGACAAGAAUACUCCAAGACCAAGAACAGCUGAUAAUAAGAAGGCUGAAAAUCAGAAUGAUCCUUCUUUCCUUGUUAACAGCAAAACGAGGAAUUUUACAAGUUCAUACGCCCAGAAGGAAGCCAUCAGUCCUCAAAGAACUGCAAUGAAAGUGGAAAAUAGGCCAAGACUCACAAGCCUAUUUCCAGAUAAAGCAGCAACCACAAGAAAUAAGAAUUCCCAAACACUUGAUCUUGGGUUAGAAAGCAAAAGCCAGCCCAUCAUUCCCAGCACUACUACCUCAUACCCACUGGAUGAAGAGAAAGGAAGAGCUAGCAGUCAUGCCUGCACUCUUCCCUCGCCACUUUUGACUGACAAAAACUCCAACACUUAUGUAAAUAGCUGCUUGCAGGCAGACACAUGUCCAGAGCAAAACUUGACUUCCCAGACAGUGCUUGGUCAGCAUCAAAAUACCUCUCAGCCUACCAGCUUAGAAAACGCUAACCUCAAUAGCUAUCAGUUGCGCAAGAGCCAUGCAAAAAGUCAGCGUGAGCGUCACCUCUCUGAGGGCAUUUGUGCUCGAGAUUCCCUGGAGACCUCUGCCUCGGGAAGCAAUAUUCUACCCAAAGAUGGCAUACAUGGGAAGCGAUUUAAAUCUUACUCAGAGCUGUUGUCUUGUGAUGAGAAUGAAAACUGGGCAUCAGACUAUGAAAAAUGUUACAGCACUAGAAAUUUAAUGUAUCCGUCUGUGGAAUUUGGUAUCUUUGGCAAAGAGCAACAACUGGCUUUCCUGGAAAAUAUCAAGAGGUCGCUCACAGAGGGGCGAUUAUGGAGACCGUGUCUUCUUAACAACCCUGGUGCUUUCAGAGAUGCAGAGAGCUCUUCUAUAAACAGGGCUGAGCUUCUGAGCUCGAGUUCUGCUGGGAGCAAAAUGUCAUCAGCUGCUUCGUCCCCCCGAGAGCUGACUGAUGCCUACGUGGAAGACUCAGCCGCUUACUCAGACUCAGACAGUGAUACCACCACUGACGAUGAAUAUUACCUAGAUGAGAUAGAUAAAGAAUCAGAGCUGUAAGGGACUGUGGUACUAAGAGGCCACAAUAGUGUGGUCGUUUCUGGGCAGGCAAAAAGCACAUCAAAUAUGCUGAGCCCAUUCUUGUGCUGCUAUAAAUUGGUACAGCUUCCUUAGUUUCAAGGGAGUUAGUAUGUUAUAUUAGGUGAGCAUUUGACUUUUGUAUCAAAUGUGUGGCUUCAGCUUUCCUGUUUCUCUUAGGAGGGAAAAACAAUGUUAAAAAAUCCCUUCCCCAAAUAAUAGAAGGUAAACAGCUGUGGAGAGCUUUGGGCAGUGUAAGGCCGGGGAUGGCUUUCCUCUGAGUCAGCAAGCAGUAGUUAGGUUCCUGCCAGCUAUGCAGUGCAGGAAUGGAGGAAUUCUAGCUUGAGCUGCUUUUUCCUACAGAACUUAACAGAAAACCAAGAAGUUACUUUGCCGAUAAUUUGCUGUUUCUCUGAUCUUCCUCAUUAUCAAGCAUGAUAAUGCUAAUCCUUCCCACUGAACAAAUAUCAAAUAUCCUCACAAAAUGAAACGUCUGAAAUCUUUAAAGCAUGUUCUGCAUGAAUGCUCUUUUUCUGCAUUCCUGGGAAGUGUAGCAGGAAUGUCCCUGGUGGCAUUUGUUCUGCUGUGCUGUUGAGGCAGAUUCCACCACAGGACUUUUCAGCAUUGCAAGAGCAGUGAGCAGUGUGAGUUGCAGAAGUACUUCUAGUGUAGGAGAAAAAACACAGGGCACAGCACCGAGAAACUGACCAAAAGAAAGACAGCUGAGCACUGAAAUCUGCUUUCCAGACAUGGAAGAUUCAUAACCAGCACAUCUUUGGUUACAGUUGUCAUGCUUGUCCAUAUUUCUGCCUUUGACUUAGAAACAGAUUAAUUCAGAUUAAAAAUCAGACACUUUAAACAGUUCAAAAUAUAAAAAGAUUUAGACUGUUGAUUUCCUAUAUUAACAUCAUAGGCCGAAUCUUUAGUUGUCCUAGUAGUGAGAAGAUAACCAAAACAAUUUGUGAGGUCCCAAAGUUCUGCAGCUGCCUCUGCUUGGCUGGUCUCAGGAUGAGGCAGCUGCAGCCACUGGGCUCCUUCAGGGCAGCAGCACCCAGGGCAGCCUGAGAGGGCACUUGGCUGGGGCACCACUGCACCACACCCUGGUAGCUUUUUACUUGCAAAAUAAAUAAAACCAGCAAGAAAGGCUUUUUGCCCUUUGUUAAAUUACCAUCCCUUUUUGGUAUUUUUUCAACUGUUGCUGCUGUUACCACAGUACUCUUUAUCCUCUAAACUGAAUGGGUGUAAACAUGUUCCAUUGGCUUUUCUUCAGCCAGAACAAUAAUGUAGCCUAAACUUGUCCCUGGCUAUUAAAUUUCUAACUAAGCUUUAUUCUCUUUUUAUAAAAAAUCGGAAGUGGUUCACUGAGCCAGAAGAUAUAUUUUAAAAUAGUUAUAUAUUUUCUUCUACUUUAUUUCUAAUUUCAUAUAUGGUCUGAAAUGAUGGUCCAUAUUUUUAUAUGCUUUUUAAACCAAUAAAAUUUCUGUAGGACAUAAUUAUAUUUUUCUAACUUGAAGGACAGUAUACCGGUAUUUUAAAAUAAUAUAUUUUACAAAAAACAAGCAAUGCUUGUAUCACUGACUACUCCACAAGAAACUAAAAGAUGAAAAUAUUAUAGUAGGUAAGAGGUAUCCUUACUUUUUCAUACUGUAAGCUUCGUUAAAGAAGUGGGUCUGUAGUUCAGAUCUGUACUGAUAUAUAAGUGUUAUUACUUUUUGCUGGGGUGAUUUGUCUUUUGUUGUACAUAGAAGGACUAACAUAAACUGUAUAUUUAUAGUCAGAAUUGAUCUCUAUGACUUGCCUGUUUCACAAGGAUAUAAGAAUAUUUUGACACAGGCAAUGCUGGAAGGAAAUGACUACUGUAUAAUUGCAGUCUUGUAAAAUGUGUAAUUCUAAGGAGAAAUUAUGUUUUUCUGUAAAUGUCUCUAUUCUCUGUGUGUACAGGAUUCUGUAGAGUAAGACAAUAAAACCAGCCGAGUAUCUGUGCGGAAUUUCUGCCGUUGUACAUUUCUGCAAAAUUAAUUAAUCCAAAAAUUUGGGAUACCAGUCUACAUAAUGUACAGAAUAAUAAAAGGAAUGUAAUGUAAAGGAAUAAAAGGAAUGUAAAAGCAAGUAAAUGAUCAUACAGUUUUUCUUGACUAGAUGUGGAUGGUUUAGAACAUUUUUUAUUUGUAACUAUUUUCUACCCAUUCAAAAGUAGUUGGAUUAAGUGCUCACCUUGCUGGCAUAAACUUUUUUCAUUUGCAAUGCUGUGUAUGACAGGCAUUCAGGUGGCUUGAUUUAACGUAAGCAAGUAAAGACUGCUUUUGAUUGUAAAUCAGUUGUGGAAGACUGCAGCCUGUUGAGGACCUGUAAACUAAAAUUUACACUGAAUAACAGUAUUCUAACUGUCAAUUGCAUGAAAACAUAGAGAGACAUACCUUUUGAAUAGCAAUCAGUUCCAUUCAGUAUAGCAAAGCCAAAUUUUGACACUUCCACUCUUCCAAGAUUUUCUUUGGCAA